AUGAACAUGUUGGACGUAGAAGAAGACAGCUUUCACGUCACACGUGAAGGCUACUCCUAUCUGAGUGACUCAGAAUGGGAGGUAGUCGGCCGCAUGAUUGUGCUUAUGGGCGAACCCGCCAUCAGUGGUAUGUUGGAGUCUCUAAGCAGAGACCAGCAACAUGCUGCUAUCAACAAGUUCUUACAAUCGGAACUUGCCGUCGAAAGACGGAAGAUAGCCUUGCUACAACAGCUAGUCUCUCAUCAGUCGAUGGGCGGGCCGACGCACAUGCGUCGAUCUAAAACCUUGAAGAUUGAUGUCUCAAGGUACAAGGGAAUUGAUGAAUAUUCCAUUUUGAGAUGGUUCGUCGAGUUAGAAGAUGCCAUCAAGGCCCGUCGCAUCGAGGGUGACGAGAUGCAAGUCACCCUGGCCCUGUCAAAUUUGACGGGACGAGCAAAGACUUGGGCCUUAACGGUUAAGCUUCACGACCUAAACGUGUUUGAGUCGUUGUAG